AUGUUGUUUUGGUACCCAGCAAAUGAUGUGGAUCAGGAAGUUCAAUCUGCAGAUUUCCUAUUCAACAACGUGGAAGUGGAAGUUGGAUCUGUUUACGAGAUUGACCAUCUUCACUUACCUCCUCGAACUCCUGUUCAACUCAGGUCCAUCAGAGUUGCCAUGGUCAGUGAGAAGACAGAGCUGAAUGUGGCAAUGAGAUUUCCGAGCAUGGAGUCGCUUAAAACCUAUUUUAGCAACAGCAUCAGAGAGAUGUAUCCAGCCUUAGAUGAGAAGUUUGUGAUGGGAACAGUGCUUGCUGCCAAAGUGCUCCUUCGGCAGAUCCCUUCUCAGGAGUUUGCCGAGAAUAAGCAUUUGGAGGGAUUCUGGUUGGUGAAUGCUGCUGCAGUCAAUGUUUCUGAAGAGGACAAUAGUUACAGGAAUGGCAACUGUUGGACGGAGCUCAAGGGCAUGGGAAUGGUUCGGUGGGGAACCCGACGACAGGUCAAGUUUCUGGAAAGGCACAAAGAAAACAUGAGUGGCAACCUUCGGUCUCCUUCGAGUUUUAGAACAGGUGGUAAAAAGGCAAUUGAAGUCAUUAGAAAACCAGCAGAAGCUAAAGAUGAAGAUGAUAACGAUGAUGAACAAGAAGAAAGGGAAGAAGAUGAUGGAGAUGAUGAUGAAAGGGAAGACGACGUGGCUGAUGUUGCAAACGAAGAAACUGAGGCAGAAGAGGAGACCCAAGAGAUGAAUAGAAAUCUCAAGAGAAAGAGGUACAAGCUGAGAAAUGGUACUACCAGACAGAAGGCAAAGAAAGUUGAACGUGAGAAGAAGAAGAAGAAGCUUAAGAAGACUCACGCCAGGAGGGGCAGAAACAAAUGCCGGGAACUCUUAGUGAUGGAAAACCCCAAAGAUAGAUGGUCUGCUGAGAGGUACCAACUUGCAACAAAGAACCUUUUGGAGGUUAUGAAAGCCAAGGGGGCCACAGCUGGUAACCCAAUUCUCAGGCCCGACCUGAGGGCAGAGGCAAGGAAGAAGAUUGGGGACACUGGGCUGUUAGACCAUCUCCUCAAGCACAUGGCCGGUAAGCUUGCACCAGGUGGAGAAGAACGGUUCAGGAGGCGGCAUAAUGCGGAUGGUGCGAUGGAGUACUGGUUAGAAAGUGCUGAUCUUGUCAAAAUAAGGAAGGAUGCUGGUGUGAAUGAUCCCUAUUGGAUCCCACCACCUGGAUGGAAGCCUGGUGACUGCCCCACUCAGGACCCUAUCUGCGCUAAGGAGUUGAGGCUCUUGAAAGAAGAGAUUUCCCAUCUUAAAAGAAAUGCACUGGAGAUGGUGCCCAGAAAGCAGCUGGAGGAGGAAGUUGGAAAGCUAAGAAGAGAGAUUGACAAGCUUGUCUCCAACAAGAAGCAAGGGGUAAACCAAGCUAUUGGAUUUUCGUCAAAUCAGUGCGACAUCAGUGAAAAGUUCGAUCAGCUUGCUAAUUCAUUGGUUUCUUCAAAGUCUCAUCUUACCGAACUACCCGUUUCACUGGAGAAGUACAAGGAUCAAUUAAUUGUCAUUCAAGAUUUUGCAAGAGGAAUAGAGGAAGAAAUAAAGAAGCUCAUGCCGGAAGCUAAAGGAGGAGCACGGUCCAACACCGAAUUAAUUGUGUCAAAGGAGUCUGGUACUGCUGGAAAAGAGAUCGUGGAAUUGGAGAAAGGGACGAAGGAGCAAGAAGUACAAGUAGUAGUAAAUGUUGGGGAGCUGGAGGGUUCAGCUAAAGCAGAAAAUGCAGCGGCAGCGGAAGCAGCAACGGCAGAGAAAAAAGCAGCAAAGAUCGAAAGGCUGAAGAGUGGGUUCAGGAUCUGCAAGCCCCAGGGGACGUUCCUUUGGCCAAACAUGGCCCGCAACAUCUGCAACAACACCGCCACCGGUAGCACUACUAGCCACAAUAUGGUGUCCCCUCGGGUUGUGGUCCAGGUUGAGGAUCUUUUAGUGGUCCCAACUCCACCUUCAGUCUCUUCCUCCACUGCCGUGGCUCCCCCUUUGCUCCCUUACUACCAUACCACCAACACUAACAACCACCACCAACCAACUUCUCCAGUGAAGCCUCUAGCCGAGAGACGUGCUGUGAAAGUCACGGUCUCCACAUUGUCUAAUGACCAUGGGGAUCACAGUGACUCCUCCACUGUGACAACCACCACCACUGCAAACAAGAAAACAAUUCCUAUCAACCUAAAUGAUGUUCCUUAUAAUUCUGUCGAAGUAUUAUCUGGCCUCCCUUCAUCUUUACCACGUCCCGCUGCAACUUCUACUUUGAUGCCUCAGUUGCUACCCGAUGAAGGUAAAAAGGAGACAAGUAGACCUUGGGAAGUGAUGACUGGUGGGGUUGGCUGUGGUAAUAAUGCAGCAAGUGAAACAACGGGACAUCUCCAGAAGCAGCCAACCAAGUGCUGCUCUUCAUCAGCUUCAUGCUUGUCCCCCGAGAAGGCAAUGGGGAAUUGGCUAGCUCUGGCAACUGCUAACUCUGCCUCUGAUCAGUCCAGCCAGGGUUGA